GGCUGUUUGUCCGAAGUCGUCGUGAUGGUGGGCGCCAACAUCUUGUCGGUUCUGUGCGGACUGUGGUACCUGAGCGGGGUGUGCGACAAGAACCCUGAUCCUGGCAGGACCUCGAGAGAUCCCGUGGUUCAGGACGAUCCCAGUUUUGAGUUACUCUUCAAGACGAACCGCCAGGAAAUGCUCAAUGUUCCCAUUCAGUUUGAGAAACCCGUUCCAAAAUGGUUGAGAGGAACUUUGAUUCGAAACGGUCUUGGUGUAUUUGAAAACGGAGAUCGUCGAUUCAAGCACUCGUUCGACGCUUUCGGCAAGCUGUCGAGCUUCAGAAUGACCGGAAGUAAGAAGGGAUUCUUCUCCACGCGCCUGCUGCGCAGUCAGUUCUUCAACGACUCCAUGAAGACCCACACGAUCGCCCCCUACCUGAUGUUGGAGACUGUGGAACCGCCGUUCAACCAGCUGGAGAAAUUCCAGGCGUUACUGCGAGGAAUCGACAACAUGAACGUCAACGUGUAUUCCUUCCAACACAAGGACAAAAACGAGUACGUCGUGCUCAGCGAUUUCUGGAAGAUAUACGAGAUUCAUCCCAGAAAUCUGUCCAUCGGUGAACCCGUGUCAGUUCCUCCUACCGGCGGUGUCUUCAGUUCGCGCUAUCUCCUCAAUUUCCUCAAUCUGAUGUCAACGGCGCACCCGCUUCCGUAUCCGGGCACCGACUGGCAUCUGACCUUUCUGAGCAGCGUCAGUCUGUUACCGUGGGCGAGGAGUGCGAUGAAUUUGAUUAAAAUAAAGUCUGCGCAAGACCGGGAGAUAAUCGCUCGGUGGGAGGUGGACAGGGUUCCGUACAUGCACUCGUUUUCCGUGACCGAGCACUACGCCGUCCUUUUCGCCUUUCCGUUUUACGUGAACGUCGUCAAGAUGGCGCUAAAGGCCGAACCAUUCCGCUGUCUGGAUUGGUACCCGGACCAACCGACCACCGUGUACGUGGUGAACCUAAAGACGGGUCACGUGCAGACGUUGACGACGGGCAACGUCUUCAUCAUGCACCACGUGAACGCGUACGAGGUCUCCAUGGAUCACCUGGUUGUCGACGUGUCGGCCUACACGGGGCCCGAGGCGAUGUACAAUUUCGAGAUGGACAUCAUCUUGGAUCCGGUAGCCAGAAACAAAUUCAACCCGCACGCGCGCGUUCAGCGAUACGACAUCUACCUCGGCGACAAGCCUCAGGUAAAGAUGCAGACGUUCCAGGGAGCACCGGGAGCCGAAUACACCACCUUCCUCGACCUUCCGACAAUCAACGAGAAGUACCGAUCCAAGCCGUACUGCAUCACGUACGGAGUGGUGCUCAAGAGAGACAACUCUUCCCUGUCUGACGCUGCGCUCGUCAAGAAGAAUUUCUGCAACCAUCUGGAGGACAGGACCUGGCACCAGCCCCAGCAGUUCCCGGAGGAGGCUUGGUUCGUCCCUGACCCCCGGGGGUCGCGCGAAGACGACGGGCUCCUGAUGAUGCCCGUUCUAGACGGGAAUAAGAACCGCACCUAUCUGGCUAUAAUGGACGCCCGCACUCUGAAGAUGGUGAACCGCGCCUACCUGCCCACAGUGAUACCCUUCUCGUUUCACGGGCGAUUCUUCCCGGAGCUCACCUAACAGGGUUUAGAUAACUUCGUGGUAGUUGUGUCAGUGUAUGUACGUAAUGAUGUAAUGAUUAAAUACCUGCACUCAA